AUGAAAGGAGAAGUGGGGAUAUCGGAUAUAAGUCAUAUGAGAAGGGUUCGUCAUGUCUAUGGUCUUGCCUUCAUAUUGGUUCUACUUGUCUACGGAGUUAACUUACUCUUGGUCUCUGUUGAACGGGUCCAUCUCCAUAUAAAGAGCGAUGUCGCCACUGCUGCUUCUGCUGCUGCUGCUGCAAGUUACGACCCCUUGAGACUCAACAUAACUCAUAUAAGAGACGGGUUGUUUCGACCCACGUUCAAGGAUGUGAUUUGGAGUCAGGUAGAUGAUCAGUUGUAUGUUACCAGAGACAACGAUAACAACUAUGUUGUGAACUCUGUUGUUGACGGUAAGUACAAGGAACAGGUGUACAAUGCUACAUCCUUUGUGUAUGAUGGAAUAGAGUAUACUGUGGAUGAAGUGGUGCUUUCACCUGACUUCUCAAAGGUGAUACUUCAAACGAACACCAAUAAGAACUGGAGACACUCAUCCACGGCAUUGUAUUGGUUUGUUGAUUUACAGAACCCCAAGGAAGUCACGCCCAUUAAAAAUGGGGCUCAGAUUUCAGUGACCAAGUUCUCUUCCAACUCCUUAAGGAUCGCCUAUGUGUACAAGAAUAACUUGUAUACGUUUGACACUCAAACCAAAAAACUGACGCAAGUGACAUUUGAUGGAGAGGAAAACGCUAUCAUCAAUGGUAAGCCAGACUGGGGCUACGAAGAAGAGAUCUUAGCUACAGAUAAUGCCAUUUGGUGGUCUCCUAAAGGUGAUAGGUUGGCAUACCUUCGAUUCAACAUUACUCAAGUUCCAGAGUUUGAUUUAUCGUAUUACAUUGAAGAUCACGGUAUAAAAGUGGACACUUACCCUUCAGUAAAGAAGUUCAAAUAUGCUAAGGCUGGGAAUGCUAACCCCGAAGUCCAAGUUCACAUCUAUGAUGUUGUUACCAAUAAAGACCAUCCUAUUUUUGAAGCUGACGAUUUGCAUUUAGUUACAAACUUGGCGUGGAUUGGGGAUUAUGACCUUUUAUAUAAAACUACAAACAGAGUGUCUACCAAGUUGGAUGUUUCUGUUGUUUCAACCAAUGACAACGCUGUUUCCAUUUUCAGUGCAUCUGUGGUUAGAAGUGAACAAUUGAAAGAUUCUUGGUACGAACCAUUCACUCCAUUCUCAUUGGAUGAUGGUUCUGGAUAUGUUGAUGGAGUUUAUGAUUCCCAAGGGUUUUUACAUUUGGCCUAUUUCAAAACCAAGGCAUCCAGUCCAACAAAAUGGUUAACCUCAGGUAAUUUCGAAGUCACCAAAAUUUACGGUAUUCAAGAUGGUUCUGUUUACUUCCAAAGCACAAGAGGUUCUGGAAUGAGCAGACAAUUACUUACUGCUAAUAUUGUACUGGGUGAAUUAAAAGAACUAACGCCUGCUGGUGAAGGGUUUUACGAUGGGAAGUUUUCGUCUAAUUUCAAGUAUUUGAUCUUAUAUAACGAGGGACCCUCAAUCCCUAAGCAAGAGAUCAUUCUUGUGGAUAAUUUAAUGUCCAUUAAAGUGUUAACAGAGUGUCAAGACAUUCGGAAGAAUUUGCACAAAUAUAAAGUUCCUCAAACCAACUUUGGAGUAUUAGAAAUUGAUGAUUUGGCUGGUCCUUUAACCUCUAAAGUUAAUAUUCACUAUUCUGAAACUUUACCCCCUGGAUUCACUACAAAGAAGAAAUAUCCCGUUAUAUUUUAUGCUUAUGGAGGUCCUGGAUCUCAAAUAGUCACUAGACAGUUUUCAGUAGGCUUUUCUCAAGUAUUACUGUCGUAUUUGAAUGCUAUAGUUGUCACUGUUGAUGGAAGGGGAACUGGAUUCAAUAAUGAGAAUGGGAGUCAGCAGGAUUUCAAAUUCAAAGUCAAAAACAACUUGGGUCACUAUGAAAGUCUUGAUCAAAUUAGUGCUGCUCAAUAUUAUCUGUCUUUACCAUAUGUUUCAUCUGACCAUAUAGCCAUUUGGGGAUGGUCUUAUGGUGGAUAUUUAACUUUGAAGACGUUAUCUAACCCUAAAAACCUAGGAGUCUUCUCUUAUGGUGUAUCUAUUGCUCCAGUGACUAGUUGGAGAUACUAUGAUUCAAUGUACACUGAAAGAUACAUGAACACCCCAACAUCUAAUGAAGAAGGGUAUGUUAAAUCGAGUGUCCAUGAAAUCGAUAACUUCAAGAACAACGUGGUCAAGUUUAUGAUUGGCCACGGAACAGGUGAUGAUAAUGUUCAUUUCCAGAACAGUAUGAAGUUAAUUGACCAAUUUGACUUACAUGAAGUUGAGAAUUAUGAAUUUAAUGUGUUUCCUGAUUCGGACCAUUCUAUAAGUUUCCAUAAUGGGAACAAGGUUGUUUACGAUCGUAUUUUAGAUUUCUUUCAUCGUAAUAUACGAGGAUAG